CCCGAACGACGCUCGCCGGCGCCAUGCCCCAUUGUACGAUGCAGCGGACUCGCUCGGUCUUAGCGGACCCGGUGCCCGGUCUAGUUCUCUCUCCUCCCGCUCAAACCAAACGCAAAGAUGGGCAAGAAGGGCAAGGGUACCGGAAGCUUCGGUAAGCGCCGCAACAAGACGCACACUCUGUGCCGUCGUUGCGGUCGCACCAGCUACCACAACCAGAAGCACGUCUGCUCGGCGUGCGGCUACCCUGCUGCCCGCAAGCGGACUUACCAGUGGGGGCAGAAGGCCAUUGGCCGCAAGACCACCGGCUCCGGCCGCAUGCGGUACAUGAAGACGCUGGCCCGGCGCUUCAAGAACGGCUUCCGCGAGGGCUCUGAGGCCAAGCCCAAGGUGGCGACCGCCUAAAUUAGCAGCUUGUGUGGAGCGGCUUGGAUAAGCGGAGUAAUGUAACGGUGGACGCGU